AUGGAAACAUCAUUGAUAAAGUGCCUUCUACCCGAAGAGAUUAUGAAUCUAAUAUUUGGGUAUCUUGAAGAAAAAAUUGAUAUUAAAAACUGUCGCUUGGUGUGCUCAAGUUGGAACUCAAGCAUAUCCUCUAUCCUUUAUAAGGAAGGGAUUCAAAUCGCUCUAUGCAAACGAAAUUACCAAAGGCUUCAAGACGACCUGGUAGAGUUCCCCGAAUUAAAGAUGAAAGUACAGAGAAUGUAUUUUAUUUCUGAAGAUGAAAAUUAUGCCGGUUACGAUAUAGAUCUCAACAUGUUUAUGCCCAUAAUUAACAUAUGCAAGAAUAACUUAAAGAAACUACACUUUGAGCAGACAACAGGUGGAGAUAAUUAUUUAUUGCCAUUGAUCAUUGAAACAGUAGAUCUUCCGUGCAUAGAGGAAAUUGUUGCAGAAGAGCUGCUAGCAUUUAAACCACUUACACGAAAAACGUAUUUAAAAAUUAACUACAACUAUCGCAGCACCAUAACAUCUUUGGAAAUCAGCGAUUUUGAAGCUAGAUAUCGUUCGGAUGAGUUUUAUUAUUCAGAUAAUGAGGAGGAUUUCGCGCGACGUUUUGUUUAUUUUUCAUCUCCACCUAAAGUAUAUGGUAUUAGAUACAAGGAGGAAUGGGAUAAAUAUCCUGGACUACUCAACUAUGUUUACAACUUCCGUAACCUGAAAGUUCUAAAAUUACUACUGGUUGGAAUCAGAGACGUUAUUGAUAUCACUAUUCUAACGGAAUCAAAUCUUCUUCAAUUGGAAACAUUGCACAUUUGUGGCGACUAUUCAAUCUUGUGCAUUGCAAAUACGCCUUCACGUUGGUCAAGAAUUAAUUCCUGCGGCUUUGUAAAAGAACUUACAUUACAUGCACUCGAAAUCAGUGUUAAUACCUUGGAAUAUAUCAUUACAAACUUUUCGAAUGUUGACAUGCUAAAUUUAUAUCAAAAAGAACCUCUGAAAAGUUAUAUUGAUUCCUCUUAUGGCAAAGAAGAAACUCCUGCUUUGAUUGAGAAGUUGUUUUUAUACUGUAAGGGAAAAAAAUAUGCUGAUAUUUUUUUAAAGUAUGACAUGACUGAAGGGGAAACAGUCAUUUCAAGGCAAAUUUUACGCAAAAAAGGCCAAUUGAUCGAUGAAAUAAGAGAUUUUAGCUUUUUUUACGGGUACUAUGACAGCGAAGAUUCCGAUAAUUUUGAAGGAAACAGCUUUGCUCUCAAUGAUAGCUAUGAUGAUGAAAAUUAUUAUGAUUACUAUGAUUCUAAUGACGAUUAUUGA